CACUAGGCUUACAGCCAGGGAUGAUGUGCUACUGCUGCCACUGCCACUGCCACUGGCACCGCCGCUGUCAGCGGCUGCCCUGUGCCCUCGCACUGUUACUGCUACUGCCACUCGUGGCCUCUGAGGGCCCAAACCGCUGUGAUACUAUAUACCAAGGCUUUGCUGAAUGUCUCAUCCGCCUGGGGGAUGGCAUGGGUCGAGGAGGCGAGCUACAGACUGUCUGCAGAUCCUGGAAUGACUUCCACGCCUGUGCCUCUCGGGUCCUGUCAGGCUGCCCAGAGGACGCUGCUGCAGUGUGGGAGUCACUGCAGCAAGAAGCUCGCCGUGCCCCACACCCGGAUAACUUGCACAUCCUCUGUGGUGCUCCCGUAAGUGUUCAGGAGCGGAUUGCUGGCCCAGAGACCAACCAGGAGACACUACGGGCCACAGCUCCUGCACUGGCUCCAGCCCCAGCCCCUGCGUUGCUCGCAGCUGCUCUGGCGCUUGCCUGCCUCCUGGGGCCUCUGGCCUAAACAGUCUGGUUGGCCAGCCAACAGUGCCCUUGCCUCCCACCACUGCAUGCAGUGGCCGCCAUGUGAGCUCUGCAGUGUGCACAGUUUUCAUUAAAGGUAUUUAUAUUUGCACCA